AUGUCAUCAUACAAGCCUGUUAUGCCCAUUAACCCUGAAAGGUUUACUAUCACUGUGCCCGGAACAGACUCUGUUUCUCAGCUGUCUACAGAACAAUUGCUCGAGAAAAACCAUACCGAGUUUGAUAUCUUUAUGAACAAGAAGAAGUUCCACAACCAUCUAUCACAUCACAUCUUAGCUGCAUAUAGCCUAGGCGCGAGUAAAGACAAGCUUGAACAGAUAUACGAAAAAGAAGCCAAGAUUCAACGCUCAAGGCUGCCUGUCGAGUUCAAAAUUACCAGAGAAAACUAUAAGGAGUACGCCGGCAAUGGUUCAGCCAGCACAGCCUUUAUUGACUUUUUCCGUUCAGAAAUCGAAAAGUUUGGUAUGAUCGACACCGUACGUCGUUGGGUCUUUCAUGGUGACUUCCUUGCUCGUACUGUAGGCGGUGCUUUUCAUCCACUUAUCCACAUAGGCUAUGGUCUCGAAUUCAAUAUUCCUGGCCUCGUUGCUGAAGGUUUAGCUAUGGCCGCUUGCACUGGCUCAGAACACACUGCCCUUGUACCUACCCUGCCUCAGUUGCAAACAGGCUCUAUCGUGCCUGCCCAAGCUCAAGUGUAUGCCGAAAACGCGUCCUCAACCGCGAGAGGAUAUAUGGCACAAUUCAUUGAUCAACUCUCCACACAACUCUCUACCAGUCUGGGAAUUCAAGAUAAAGCAAGAUACGGCGAUGCUGAUCGUGCAGCUAAUGAUAGCUCUCAUGGCCGUCGUGAACCUACCCAAGUUGAUAUUCAUACCUAUAUUCGUGAUAGUCCACUGGUCCAAAUUUUUAACAAGAUAAGAGAAGACCCCGCCUUUGAUAAUCUCCUUCCAUUUGAAGAACAGACUAAGCGCUCACGCCUAUUCAGCAACAAGGACGCGACGGAUAGGAUAAAGCACUAUAUUUACCAAUGGAAGUUGGAAGAGAACACAAGAGAUGUCCAAGCCAAGUUCAAGGAGCUUCAUUUAAGCGCAGCUCUUCUCGCAGGAUCAACCGCAGUUCGUGACAGCCAUCCGGGAGUUCUCAAGGUUGAUUUCUUUUUGAUGCAUGCCCUGACAUCUUCCGAGUUCCUUCAUCAGUUUAUUUCUAAAAUAACACCCUCAGAAUCUGUAUUGCUGUUACGUGGUCAUCUUGCCUCGUGUAUUUUGGAAUAUAUCGUCUGCGGUCGUCCCGAGCUCAAUGUGAAAGGAUUAUUGAACUAUCAGUCACCUCUGGAUAAGGAAACAAGAAAUAACCAAUGGACUCUUGUACUCGACAGAGCUUUGGACGCAAAGGAGGUCCAUGUUAUCAAAAUGGUGCGCUCAUGUGCAGUAGGACAAAUGAUCAAUGGUCCCUAUCAAUCCGCUGAUCUUAAUAAGGUCUGGCUACAAGCAGCCAAGAUGGCCAUUGACACGAAUGGUGAUUGGGAACAUGAAGGUGUUGGAUUUGAUGAAGUUUGGAAAAAAUAA